AUGGGGCACUUGAACAAGGUAGAUUUCAUCAUCUCCCUCGAAACCCAAAAGCGGAGGGCCGGCACGGCACGGUAUAUCGACAGCAUCGAACUGGGCCUUCGACAUCUUCACUCCCUUGGCUUCAAUCACAACGACUUGAACCCAGCAAACAUCAUGAUCACCGAAGACGACAUCCCCGUGAUUAUCGAUUUCGACAGCGCCACAGCGCCCGGGGCAAGCCUUCAAAAUGUGAAGCGCACGCAUGGGUGGUUUGACCAUCGUGUUGUUGUCUCGCAGCAAAGUAACGAUCUGGAUGCCUUGGCUGAGAUUCGUACCUGGUUGACCGGUUCCUCUCCAAAUGAGUAUCGUUUUGAUCUAUGA